GACUUUUAUUGUCCUUUCAGUAAUUUUUUGCUGUAAUUCUGUCCAUAUUUUUGGUUGUUUUACUCUAUCAGGCAUGAUUUUUCCCAUGUUAAAUUGAAAAAUGUCAUUGUCCAAUUCUUUUAUAGUGGUGUAUACAAUACACCAGCAGUUAUUUGACUGUACCCUGAAGCCAAACUGGACAUAAAAAUCCUUUGACCUAAAAAACAUUUUGGAUUCAUAUUUGUUUUGUUUUAUUUGCUAAAAUCUCUCAACAUUUAAGCCAAAACAAAAAUACCAGGGCUGUCAAAUGAUUCAAAUAUUUAAUCGUGAUUAAUCACAGAUUGUUUAAUGGUUAUCUCAAAAUUCAUGGCAGAUAAAUAAAAAUUUUCAGCAUAUUAAGUGUGAUGACUGAUAAUUUUUUACGAUUUUGUUACCAUGAAUGGAAAAUUAGUUUGCUUUAAUGAAAUAUUUUUUAACAUUAUGAUUUUUUUAAACCGCUCAACACAAAAAAGACAAAAGUCCUUAAUUUUUCAAAAAGCAUUUUGGAUUCAUAAUUUUGUAAUUUAUUUACUCAUACCUCUCUAUUAACAUUUAGGCCAAAACAAAAAUACUAGGGAUGCCUAAUGACUAAAAUAUUUAAUUGUGAUUAAUCACAGUUUGUUGAUAGGUAACUAAAAAUAAAUUGCAAUUAAUCGCAGAUAAAUAUAUUUUUUAGUCAUAACAAUUGUACCCUGGAUACAUUAUUUUCAAGUUUUUAUUACCAUAACUGGAAAAUUUGUUUGUUUUAAUGAAAUCAUUUUAACGUUACAAUUUUUUUUUUAAACAGCUCAACACAAAAAGGACAUAAAAGUCCGUAAUUUUGCAUCUAGACAUUUUGGAUUCAUAUUUUUUAUUUUCUGUGCUCAUAUCUCUCAAUCAACAUUCAGGCCAAAACAAAAUACUAGGACUGUCAAUGAUUAAAACAUUUAAUCGCGAUUAAUCACAAUUUGUUCAUAGUUAACUCAAAUUAAUCGCAGAUGAAUGUAAUUUUCUAUUAUAAUAAGUGCACCUUAGACAGAUAAUUUUAAAGAUUUUAUUACCAUUACUGGACAAUUAGUUUGCUUUACUGAAAUAUAUUUAAAAAUUGUUAUUUUUAAACAGUUAAACACAAAAAGGACGUUAAAAAAACACUUUCAAUGACAAUAAAAAAAUGACCUGCAGUGCGUAGGUGUUUUUCAAUAUUUUGUAAGAAUACAGGAGAUUGUGUUCCUCCUGAAUGAGGACUUGCUUUCUGAAGAGGAGCUAAACUUCCAUGUUUGGAUACCAGUUUCAUGCAUUAAUAACGCAAAAUGGGGAUGUAGUUUGUGAUAUUUCUACCUGAAUGAAUGCUUAUGAUAUUCUGUACAUUAAAUAUUUUACAAGUUAAUUGUAUUUAUAUCUUUGCAUUACAAUGUUUUAACCUUCUCUAUUUAUUAAUAAGAUAUAAUAGCACGGUGGUGCAGGGGUUAGUACGUGUGCCUCACAAUAUGAAGCCCCUGGGUUCGAUCCGGAGCUCGGGCUCUUCCUGUGUGGUGUUUCCAUGUUCUCCCCGUCACAGUGUGGGUUCCCCCCAGGUACUCCGGCUUCCUCCCAUCUCCAAAGACAUGCAGCUGGGGAUAGGUUGAUUGGCAACACUAAAUUGACCCUAGUGAAUGUAUGUGAGUGUGAAUGUUGUCUGUCUAUCUGUGCUGGCCCUGCGAGGAGGUGGCGACUUGUCCAGGGUGUACCCCGCCUUCGACCAUGUGCAGCUGUGAUAGGCUCCAGCACCCCCCGCGACCCCAUAAGGCAGUGGUCCCCAACCACCGGGCUGCAGAAUAUUUUUUUUAUUCUUUUUUUUUUUUUUUUUUAAAUAAAUAAAUAAAAUAUAUAUUUUUUUUAUUAAAUCAAAGUAAAAAACAUUAUAUACACUUACAAUUAGUGCACCAACCACAAAAACCUCCCCUUUUCAUGUCAAAAACGUCCUUUUUUCAUGACAAAGAAAAAAAAAAAAAAAAAAAGGCGUUUAGGUGGUGGGUCUCCCCCUUAACAACAAAUUUCUGUGGGAAACUCUGCAAUACUUCAGGGUUCCUCACGAGGAAACCUUGCAAUGUGUUAAAUCCACAAACUGCGAUAAGAAUGAUUGGCUUGCAAGUUUUGGUGAUAAAGGGAAAUCUCAUAUUUAUACCAAUCUUUCCAGGAAAUGUUCUAUAUUUUGAAAUGCAGAUGCUCUACUUAGACUCACGUAAUUAAAAAAAAAUUAAAAAAAAUGUUUUUUUUUUAGCUAAAUCAACAUUAGGGCUGCAUAAAUCAUUAUGUCACCACAGGUCUAAUGUUUCCUAAAAAAAAAAAUCAACUUAAAGCCUUGUCUAGGUGUUUACUGACAUUUAUUAUUCAUGUUAGCUAACUUUUACUGUGAAGAAUAUAGACUCCAAAUAUCAGUUAUCGGUCUCCUUGACUACUAAUAAUUGAUAUCGUUUUUAAACCUGAAAAAAAUCAUAUCAGUCAAUCUUUAACAUAUUGUUGGAAAUCACCAUUAUUAUCUUAAUCCCAUGAAUCUUAUAUCUUGAGAUUGCGUUUUUGAUUUGUUGUAUUUUCUAUACAUGAUGCAAUCGUUUGUGCAAUAUGGAUUAUUAAUUUUUUAUUACUCAUUUCUGCUUUUUCCUUUACUUUUGUAGAAAUGGCAUCGCUGAAGUGGCAGCCGUUUGCAUCAGCUCUGUGCUCUUUUAAUGUAAUUUAUUGAUGUCCUCUGUGUUCUUUAGUCUUUUCCUCUUAUUUGAAUGUGUUUUUGUACCUUAUUUUUUGUGGACGUUUUGAAUCAGCAUUGCAACCACAUAAUUUCCCCAUUGUGGGCUAUAUAAAAGUCUAGCCUAUCUUUAAUAAAGGCCGAUACAGCUCUUAAGUGAACCUAAAGCUAGCACCAACUUCCAAAGUCACGUAAAAGUCAUCUUAAUGGCAGCGACGCCGUGAGAGGGCUCUAAAUUUACACAGCAGUAAUCAAUCCUCUUUCAUACAGAGGAGGACCGACCAACGAAAGCCAUCUUGUCAACUAAAAGAAGUUAAUGCCAAAGAAGUUGCUAAUGACUACUUUGUGCACAAGUGUCUAAAAAAGAGAUACGACAGCUGACUGAAGCGUUGGUGAUAAAACGCAGCUGCUCGCUACAUCAAUUGCGACGCCUAAAUUAGCUCUGAACAGCUGACUUGAGAAGAAACUGCAUGUUAACGUGAAUAAAGAUGCAUCAUGGUCAUUCUUUUGACGCCACAGUUUAAUAUCAUGAAGGAUUUAAAUCACGGCUGUGCUGAGUUUAGGAGGGGGAGGGAGCGGGCUUUCAGCGCAAAGGGGACAGACAGGGUGUAUUUUUGUAAACCAUGUGCUCUCCUUCACACCUGUCAGUCAUAUAGCACUCAGUAAACUGCUCUCCUCACACACUACACAACCAAGAAGACUACCAAGAUGGUGUCAGGGCUCGUCUUGCUGGCAAACUUUCUUCUCGGGCUCCUGAAUGCAUCCCUGGUGUUUGGAACCAACCUCACGGGUAGACUUCUGGCCAGCGAGGCAUUCAGAAGACAUUUCCACCUACUGCUCUCCACUUUGGUUCUGGUUGGGCCAGCGCUGAGUUUGUGGGUGUCCAAGUACAGCGUCUUUGCAAACGGCAACCACUAUCUUUACAGGAAGUUUCUUCAUUCAACUUGGGGUUGGACGUUCACCCUGACAAGUUCCUUCAUCAUUCUCCUCUCCCUAUCAGCCCGUCACCCAGCCUCCCUCUGCCUUCGCCAUCUCUCCCGACUGGGCCUCUCGGGCCUGAUUUGGUGGGGCUGCCAGCGCCUCCUCACCCUGCUGGAGGACGCGUCUGGGACCUGCUACGAGCCCGUCCUCCAUGGCCAGGAGAGCGCUGCUUCUUCUGCACAGCCUCUGCUACUCCUCCACGAAGACCAGACCAAAGCGUCGUGCCUGAGCAGCAGAAUGCAAUGGCGGGGCUAUGAAGUCUCCCAGGACGUGCUCAUCCUCUGCUUGUGCUGCCUCUUGCUCGUGGAGGAGCUGUCCGUCUUUGGACGCCACCUCCACCAAAAGUCUCCCGACGGAGCCCCGCUGAGGUUCGUCUUCCUCCUGUGUGUGCUUCUUCUCGCCGUCUGGGUGUUCCUGCUCCUGUGUGUGUUGGCACACUUCCCGAAGUUCCCAGCACAGCAGCUGGGAGGAGCUCUGGGCUAUCUGGGAUGGAGAGGCCUCUAUCAGGGAUGGUUCCGCCUCAAACCAAGUUGGCACUGUCCGGGUCUGCCAGGGGACCAACUUUUAACAACAAAAGUAGAAUAAAAGUCUGGUAGACAUGUAACAAUGUAUCCCAGCAGGCAUGCUACAAUUGUUUUUGACUGACCACAGACUUCAAGAAAUCUUUGUGUUUUAUUUUGUAAUGACAAACAAAAAAAAGCAGAGGCGCUCAAUGGAAGUGUGGCCCAGUUUUGUACUUCAUUGCCCUGACAUGGCGGGUUGUCUUAGUAGAUAAGAGCCUUGCAGUCCCCUCUGGGCCUCUUAAUCUUGGCGUAGUUCUUGAUGAUGAUGUCAUAGAGCACUGCCUACGAGAGGAACGCAAGCUUUAGAGAGAGAGAUGAAGGCAGAAAGGGUAAACAUCUUUGACUAGCUAUUUGCAGCUCUACUAUAAUAUAGCCAGCACAAUGUUAGUCAAAGAUCCUCCAUAAUACAGGAGAUUUUCUAGUCUAGUUGUUUAACUUGUUUCUCCGAGGACCACCUCAGAAAAAAACUUGGCUCUGCAAGUACCACCAUAAAGACCAACAUUAUAAUACAGUAGCGUAGUAGGCCCAAUUAUUCAUUAAAACAGCGCAAAGGUUUUAUUUAACAAAUAUAUCUAAUAUUUUUGCCCACUGUGACUUUACACACAGUUUGAACAGUAACUAUGUUUGAAUAUUUAGGUGAUUAUUUGGUACCACGAUUGGUACGUGUACCACAGUUUGAGAAUCACAACUAUAGUCUAUAAUACAGAGCAUCUUUGUCUAACAUUUUUGCAGUAGGUCCUUUUAAAACAACAAAGCUCUCUUGACAUUAUAGUGAAUCUUUGACUGUAGCUAUUUUGCAAUAAAGCAUAGCUCUUUUACCGUAUAUAGAUGGUAAAAAUCCUAGUCAAAGAUCCUUUAUAAUACAGAGGAUCCUCAAAUAGUCUUUAAUGUAGAAGACCUUUGGCUAACCUUUUUUGUAGUAGGUCCUCAAAUACAGCAAAGCUCUUAUUUUAUUAAGAUCUUUGACUAUAGCUAUUUUGUAAUACAGCAUAGCUCGCCAAUCAUGUCAACUGCUACAAUAUUAGUCAAAGAUCCUCUAUAAUACAUAGAAUAUUUGGCUUACAUUUUUGCAGUCGGUCCUUAGGCCAACUAUGCUAUUGUAUUUUAAUGUUGGUCAUUAUUGUGGUACUUGGAGAGCCAAGUGUUUUCUGAAGUGGUAUUUGGUAAAAAAAGUCUGAGAAGCUGGGAUAGGCUUCAGCCACCACCCGCGACUCCAAGAGGGACAAGCGGUAGGAAAUGGAUGGAUGAACCACUGCUCUAUAAUGAGGAUCUUUGGCUAACAGUUUUGCAGUAGGUCCUUAAACAGCAAAGCUCUCCUGCCAUAUAGAAGCUCUUUGGCAAGCCUUCUUCGUAGUCGACCACUAAAAACAGCAGAGCGCUCGUGUAGCAGAGAGGCUCUUUGGGUGGCGCCAAACUAUUGCUUGUUUAAAUUUAUGAGUAGCUUUAUUAGAGCUGCAACGAUUAAUCCAUCGAAUUGAUUACAAAAGAGCUUCAAUUUAUAAUCUGUUCCUUUGAUGAAUUGUUUACUGUAAGUAAUAAAAAUGUAUAAAAUCCGGAACAUAAAGGGUGCGGUUUAAAGUUUAAAUGUGCGGACAUAGUUUCUGGUGUGUGGGUGCCGUUAUGUGUGGUGGAGAACAGCGAGGAUUUUCAUAAAAGUGUUUUUAUACACACAUGUAAAAGAGCAAGUUAAACAUUGAUGUGCAUUUCAUUGAAAAAUAAAUUAUUUAAACUGUUAUCCCCAAAAUA